ACCCCUUUUACUUGUAUGUAGAAAAUGACCAACAGGAGAGUGAUCAAGUCUUGUACUGUCGAAGAGAACCCCAGUUAGGAUCACCUAAGACUUUCAGAAGCCCUAGCAGCUCACCAGAAAGGAAACCAGUGUCGCACUGUGAGGAUCUAGCCAAGAACCCCGCAUCCCUGCUCUUAUGUGACCAUGCCAUGUUAAUAAAUGAGGUCAAAGAUUCUGCAUCAGACAUUUUUAGGAAACCACAUGGACAAAAGUGUGUCUCUUUUGAAGCAAAAGCAGAGUCUGAAAGACGUGAGCAGAGAGACACAAGUCCUGUGGCAGGCCCAUCUCGGCAGGUUGAAGGAAAGCGAAGUGAUCCAGGUGAAGCGCAAGAUGAUCCUCGGUGCCACAUACCUCAAUCGCAAAGUCCAUCUUCAGUCACAGUCCAGCCAGAGGGUCCUGGAACAGACUUAGGCUAUGUCAAUUAUACCAAAUUACGCUAUUGCUUGGAACCACAAGGGAGUGCUGAGCCAGAAACCGAAUAUGAAGAUGACAAAAUCCUGUUACCGUUUACAGUCACUGACCUGAGGGGAAGGAGGUUGCAUGCACUUCGCGGCGAGUCAAAGGUUCAGGGUCAGUACGUCACAGUGGAGCAGCUCACUCUAGACUUUGAGUAUGUCAUCAAUGAGGUCAUUAGGAAUGAUGCUGCCUGGUCGAAACAAUUUUGCUCCUUCAGUGAUUAUGAUAUUGUCAUCCUAGAGGUUUGCUCCGAAAUGAACCAGGUAGUGAUCAACAUUGGUUUGCUGCUUUUAGCUUUCCCUACUCCAGAGGAGAGCCAGACCAGGCCCAAUACGUACCACACCAGCCUGAAGGUUGCUUGGGACCUCAACACCGGUGUUUUUGUCACAGUUGCUGUUGGGGAUCUCACUGAAGUCAAAGGACAGACCAGUGGCAGUGUGUGGAGUUCAUACAGGAAAACGUGCGUCAACACAGUGAUGAAAUGGCUUGUUCCAGAAAACAGUACACGGUACAUCAAUCGAAUGACCAAUGAAGCACUGCACAAAGGCUCAUCUCUUAAAAUCCUGCCAGACAGUGAUCGGUACACGUGGAUUGUGCUCUGAGUGAGGUGUUUAAGACGUGAAGCCACCACCGUACACAACAAUCCAAACUCUACCUCUCUAUUGUUCGUGCAUUCCAAACAGGAAUUAAUACAAUUUUUUUUUUUUUUUUGCUGUUCUCACUACGAAUGCUGUGGACAAAGCCUACAAGGAUCAAAGAGUCGAGCACCCGAUGGGGUGAAGUCCGUGGACAAAUAAGAAACUGGACUUUGCUUAAAAAUAAAAAGACGUAAAGGAUUGCCAUUGAUGAACUCGGAGGCCCAAGCUGGAGACUUGAAUUUCCUAAAAUAGAGCAAAUUUGCUUGGGUGGGCCUUGGAACCAGGGCAGUUCUAGAGUGUUUAUUUUCACGUUGUAGAAGUCAUUUGACGGACAAACAAGGACUGACUGAUGUUCGCUUGAGUAUGCUGCUCAGGAAAAUGUAAUCUCUAUUUGGAUUUGUGCAGCAGCUGGGUUUUAGGAGACUUGGUAUGGGCUUUGUGUAGCGGCUGCUGAACCCACAUCGAGAGUCCCGCUGCCUCAGUUUUGAUAUCUACUGAGCAAAGGUCAUUUUACUUGAAAUGUAACUUAGGUAUAGGAGACAUUGUUGUCAAGUUGCUAAAAUGCAAUAAACUAUCUUUCGUUCUGUGUUUUUAUGAGUGAAGUGUGAUGAGGUGUUCAAAUAAUGGACUGACUGAAUCUUACUGCUUUGGACCUUGCACUCUGUGUUGACUGGUGUUGAACAGAAACUCUUGGUAAAGGUGUUUUAUUUAAUAA